UAGUUUGCGGACCAGGAAACUGGUGCGUCGUUGUUUUUAUUCCGCUGAUUUUUCACCAUGAAGGAAGCAAACAUGGCUCUCCCUGUGAGUGUGGGGACUCUGCUGCAGGCGGACCUCCAGGAGGACGCUGCGUACCGGGACGACGGCCUGUGUGUCGUCGGUAUUUUCGGUAAGAGCAACAUGCAGGCCGGCCCGCUGAAGGAGUCUCUCAUCAACAGUCUGGCGGACAAACACAUCUUCUCUCUGUUCGGAGCACCGGAAGAGGACGGCGGCACCGCGGACUGCAGCAGCCACAUCCAGGCUCUGUACAGCCAGGAGGACCGGGUGCUGUACCUGCUGCUCUCCUCCGUGUGCGACAGCCGUCAGCUGCUGCGGGCCUGCCGGUCUCUGAGCGCUGGCACCGGCCACUCCGACGCCCACGACUUCUGGAAAGGCCUUGACAGACAGCACUGCCUCCACCUGCUCUACAUGUUCUCGGUGUGCCACGUCCUCCUGCUCGUCCAUCCCAACCAGACCUUUGACGUGAGCUACGACCGGCUGUUCAGAGCCCUGGACGCCCUCCGGCAGAAGGUCCUGCCUCUGAUCCGAGCUGCCAUUAAAGACUGCCCGGUGUCCAAAGAGUGGAAGCUGAACUGUCGGCCCUGCCCUCCGCGCCUGCUCUUCGUCUUCCAGAUGAACGGCACUCUGAAGGUCUCUGCAAACAGUUCAGAGUCUGGAGGAAACCCUGACAAGCCCAAAAAGCACUCUCCCAGGAGGAGGCUGCAGCACGCCCUGGAGGACCAAAUUUAUCGCAUCUUCCGUAAAAGCCGAGUCCUGACCAACCAAAGCAGCAACUGCUUGUUCACCGUGCCGGCCAACCAAGCAUUUGUUUACGUGAUCCCAGCGGUAGACGAGGAUCCUGUGGGGGCCUUGCUUGGCCAGCUGCGAUCCAACUGCAUCCUGUGUGACCAAGACUCCAGCACGUCAGUGGCAGGACCGAGGCGUUAUCAGCAGAUGCGACGUUCAGUUCGGCAGCCCAGCUACAUUGGAGACACAGGCAGCAUGUCUAUGGGCAGUCAGCUGGUGGACUGCAGCUUGAAGGAAUUCCUCUGGCAGCACGUGGAGCUGGUGCUGACCAAGAAAGGCUUUGAUGACAGCGUCGGCCGCAACCCACAACCUUCACACUUUGAGCUGCCGACCUACUCCAAAUGGGUUCAGGUCGCAUCCAGACUUCACCAAGUCCUAAUUAGCAACACAGAGGAAGAAAUAUCUGAGCUAGCCACCAAAGUGCAAAGCCAGCUGAAGGUUUUGGAGGGCUUUCUCGAUGCCGACACAAAGUUCUCUGAGAACAGGUGCCAGAAAGCUCUGCCACUGGCUCACAGCGCUUACCAGUCCAACCUUCCCCAUAAUUACACCACAACGGUGCACAAAAACCAGCUGGCGCAGGCACUGCGAGUGUACAGCCAGCAUGCCCGUGGUGUGGCUUUCCAGCGCUACGCCCUGCAGGUUCAUGAGGACUGCUACAAGUUCUGGAGCAACGGCCACCAGCUCUGUGAGGAGCGAAGCCUCACUGACCAACACUGUGUUCACAAGUUCCACCUACUGCCUCAGCCAGGAGAGAAGCCAGACGUGGAUCGCAACCCUCCCAUCCUGAACCACAACAGCAGGGGGCGCUCCACCAGCUCCUGUAACUGUGGGAGGAAACAGGCUCCUCGUGAGGAUCCGUUUGACAUCCAGGCCGCCAACUAUGACUUCUACCAGAUGCUGGAGGAGAAAUGCUGCGGGAAGCUGGAGAGGAUUGAAUUCCCUGUGUUCCAGCCCAGCACUCCUGACCCAGCCCCGGCCUGCAACCAAGCCCAGCGACUCCCAUCUGAGGCGUCAGGCUCUGGUGAGGCAGAGAGGCUGAAGGAGCCAAGCACUGCCCAGAGCCACACACCUGGAGACACCAGCCUCAGCCUGGCUCUCAGUCUCGGCCAGUCCACUGACAGCCUGGGGCCUUAUGGGGACGGGGACGGAACAGAAACUCAAGUCCAGCAAAAGAGGCCAAGUCUCGUCGACCGCCAGCCUUCCACUGUGGAGUACCUGCCUGGUAUGGUGCACUCUGGCUGCCCCAAGGGCCUGCUACCUAAGUUCUCCAGCUGGUCGCUGGUCAAACUGGGCCCAGCCAAGUCAUACAACUGCCACACUGGUCUGGAGCAGCCAGGCUUCCUACCCGGUUCUUCCUUCCUCUUGCCGUGGGACUUGGUGAUCCGCUCUCGGUCAGAGGAGGAUACGGGACUGGUGGAGCCUCUGGAUGGAGGCACCUCCUCAUGGCCAGCCCCCAACAAGAGCCUCGUGGGAAAGCGAGGGAGCACCGGAGGACUUGGCAGGAGUCGCAGGAGGGACGACAUGGCUCGGGUCUUUGUGGGCUUUGAGUAUGAAGACAGCAGAGGACGACGCUUCAUUAGCUCCGGGCCUGAUAAAAUAGUGAAGGUGCUGGGGCCGGGGGGUGCCAAGGAUCCUGCUACCAGGGUGCUAAACACAGACAUGCCGCUGUACAUCCCCUCCCCUUCCCAGGGCCGCGGCCUGAAGGCUCACUUCGCCCAGCUGACUCGCCUUUUUAUUGUGGUGCCUGACGCCCAGCUGGAGGUUACACUCAACCCUCAGGUCCAGCCUGGUCCUCCUCCCUGCCCAGUUUUCCAUCCAGAGCAGACAGAUUUAGUGUUGCCUCCUGAUGGUCUCUGGGUGCUGCGGUUCCCUUAUUCCUACUUGACAGAUCGCGGCCCCUGUUACCCCCCCAAGGAGAAUCAGCCCCUCAACAACUACAAGGUGCUGCGAGGCAUCCUGAAGGCCACGACCGCAAACCCUCCUCCACAAUGAACCUUAAUCCUUUUUAUAAAGGACUUCACUUUCCCGGACUCAGUCGUAUUUAUUUACAUCUCCUGACACAGGCUGAGAAAAUGUUGUUUUUUGUUGCCUUGCUGCUGGCAGGGUCAGUCCAUGACCCCCCCCAGACAUCUCGUCUCUCUACAAUGUCAGGUCAGAAUUUCCCCAAGUGUGUUAGAAACGAAUGGCUGUACAUGGACAAACAUGGUCCCCAUAGACUGAAUCCUAUUGAUUUUGAUGAGCUCCUGACCUCUCUGUCUGUUUACUGAACACGUUCAUGUUUCCCAGAACAGCAAACCAUCCUGAGGUUAAACUUUACAGUUGUAACUCUGAGAAUAGCAAAAUCAUCAGUAUGGCUUUUGUUCUAAUUCUCCAAAUCUGACUGAAGGGCGAAAUGAACAUCAUAGCCUCUAACAGACUGUUAAGAUCCUGGUUCAGGCUCUGCUGGGACGUCGUUAAGCAUCUGUGUCUGACUGUUGGUUCUUGUGAUCCCUUGUCAGCAACUGAUAGAUUGAUCAGGUUAAAUCUGUGUCAGAGGAAGUUGGUGAGAGAAAGAGCUGUCUGGCUCUAGCCAGGCAGUGAUUUCAUCCAUUUGUCCAUUUUUCCAUCUACUCCACAAGCAGAAGACAACAUGCUGACAAUGUCAGUGCAAAGCAAAGAAAAACUUCAGUGUGCCAGCUGCAACUUGUUAGUGACGUGGAUCUAGGAAUGCCGAUGUUGGUCAGUCCACCACUGUCAUCCAGACUGAAAUAUCUCAACGAUUGCCAAGAAAUUGUAUUUGCAUUUACACCACCGUCAGCUGUACUUUGUGUUUAGUGCUCAUAAGCAAAUGUUUGCUUACACACUAAACUAAGAUGGUGACCGUGAUAAACAUUGUACCUGCUAAUCAUCAGCAUAUUCAAAUUAUGAGCAUGUUAGCAGACUGACAUUAGCAUUUGGCUACAUGACUGUAGACUUGUGAGGUUGUGUCUCAAGACAAUGAUGAGAUUAAUUAGUUUCAUCGGGUAUGUAAAUGAUUGUCAGGUUAUGUUUGGAGUGUGUUUAUGUGUUCAUUAAGAGUUUUCAUCUAAGGCCAUGUCCAUUUGCUGAAUGUAAGUUAAACAGUUACACAGAACAGUAGACUCACUGGAAGACGGGUUAAAGAUGGUGGGUGGCACAAGAAGCAGUUUGUUCAAUGACCAUGUAUGUUUCCUUUCUUUUUUCUCUUUCCUGGUCCUCGUGUUGGUGGAAAUGUUCGAUAUAUGGGUGCGACUCCCUCAAGUCAUGGUUUUGGCGCAUUUGAGGAAUUAUGACCUUCUCAUAAUUUUGAUAAUUCGACUCAUGUCCCACCUAUACUAAACUUGAGUCAGGCCUGUGUGUAAACGCCUCUGGCCUUUCAGUCUUGUAUCUUGUGUCACAACUUUGCAUAUGUUGUUUUCACAUUUUAUAAGGUGAAGUCCGAGCAGCCAGAGUGAGAAAGAAAUGUCAGCAACAGUGAACUUUGCUGCCAUUAAAGCAGAAGGCGACAGUCAAUAACUAGUUUGAACUUAUGUAUUUUGUAUCAUGUGCAUGAAGGCACAAUAUUAUCAUGACACUCACAUCAUUGAUCCACAUCCUACUGCAACAUUGAUCACUACUUAAACAUACUGAAUACACUGGGAGCUGGAGUAGAACAUGUUCUCGUUUUUCUAUAAAUAAAAAUAACUGUUGG